AUGAUGGAGGGAGCUGAACUCUGCUUCCCACAACUCAACACCUCCUGCAGGAAGCCAAAGCGUCCUCACUCCGACUCUGCGCUUAUUUAUAUUAUACUCUCCUUCAUCUCUCUGCUCACCGUGACUCUCAACCUGCUGGUCAUCAUCUCCAUCUCCCACUUCAAGCAGCUCCACACCCCCACCAGCUUCCUCCUCCUCUCUCUGUCUGUCUCAGAUUUCUUCGUGGGGCUCCUCAUGUUCUUUCACAUUUUGGUAUUAGACGGCUGCUGGUUCCUCAGUGACCUCAUGUGUGUUCUUUAUUAUUUUUUAGGCUUCAUUGUUACGUCUUCCUCGGUAGGAACCAUGGUUCUCAUAUCUGUUGACCGCUAUGUGGCCAUUUGUGACCCUCUGCAUUACCCCACCAAAGUCACUGUGAAAAGGGUUCAGAUCAGUGUUUCACUAUGUUGGAUCUGUUCUCUCUUCUACAACACUGCACUGAUCAAGGAUAACUUUAAACAACAAGACACGUACAUUUCCUGUGCUGGAGAGUGUGCGAUUAUCUUUAACUCUAUCGAACAAGUUGCAGAUCUUAUUCUGACCUUCAUUAUUCCCAUUUCUGUCAUCAUAGUUCUGUAUCUGAGAGUGUUUGUGGUGGCUGUGUCCCAGGCUCGUGCCAUGCGCUCUCACGUUGCAGCCGUCGCACUGCGGCGUUCAGUGAAAGUAACUGCCAAGAAAUCUGAGCUGAAAGCAGCCAGGACUCUUGGUGUGGUUGUAGUCGUUUUUCUAAUAUGUCUCUGCCCAUAUUACUGUUUCACAAUUACAGGCCAGGACACCUUACUCAGUGCUUCAUCUGCUACAUUCGUAAUAUGUCUGUUCUAUUUCAACUCCUGUCUAAACCCUGUGAUCUAUGCCCUUUUCUAUCCCUGGUUUAGAAAAUCUAUUAAACUCAUUGUUACCCUUCAAGUGCUGAAGCCAGGCUCCAGUGAGGCCAAGAUCCUGUAG